AAAAAAUGUGAAGUAAGACUAGAAGAGCACCUAAACUUUCUCAUUGUGUCUGUUGGACCGGAAAUUCCAGGCCUUUGUUCUCUGCCUCUCUCUCAUCAGUCUGUCUGUCUGUCUGUCUGAGUUCAGAGGUCACUGGCAGCACCGUAUUUUUGGUCUUUCUAUUAAGGAGAGAGAGAGAGAGAGAGAGAGAGUAACAUGGAAGAUCAAGCAGGUGGUAGAUAUAAGCCUACUCCUUAAUUCAGAUAAACAAAGCGAGAGAGAGGAUUGAAACGAUGCGUCGAGAAAUCUCCGCUCUGCUUCAGCCACGAUCCCUCCUCAUCUUCCUCGUUCUCGCCAUUUUCCUCAUUUUCGUCUUCUCUUCCACCCAUAAAAAGGAGGAAGAGAAACUAGAAGAGGUGCCUGAAAUUACCCACAGAGUAUACCUGGAUGUUGAUAUUGAGGGACAGCACUUAGGUAGAAUUGUGAUUGGAUUAUAUGGUCAGGUUGUACCAAAAACUGUUGAAAAUUUUAGGGCGUUGUGCACAGGGAAAAAAGGCAAAGGUGCUAAGGGAAAACCGCUCCACUAUAAGGGAACACCAUUUCAUCGUAUCGUAUCUGGGUUCAUGAUUCAAGGUGGAGAUAUUGUUUAUCGUGAUGGGAGGGGAUAUGAAUCUAUAUACGGUGGCACAUUUGCUGAUGAGAAUUUCAGAGUGAAACAUUCACAUGCAGGUGUUGUUUCUAUGGUGAAUUCAGGACCUGAUUCCAAUGGCUCACAGUUCUUUAUCACCACAAUCAAAGCUAGUUGGUUGGAUGGGGAGCAUGUUGUCUUUGGCAAGGUAAUUCAGGGCAUGGACACUGUGUAUGCAAUUGAAGGCGGGGCUGGAACCUACAGCGGAAAACCCAGAAAGAAGGUUACUAUUGCUGAAUCUGGAGAGAUACCCCAGAGCCAGUGGGAUGAGGAAAGUUGACACUUUUUACAAAGAAUUUUUACUUUGAGCUUACUAGAUUGAUUCUUAGAUGACUGAUACACUUUUGCCCCUUUUACCAAAGUUUCACUAGUCUUGGGCUUUUCUCCUGGAUAUAUUACACUUUCUUUUUGUAAUUGGCAGUAAUUGGCAGCAGUUGUUAAUACAAAACAUGUUUGUUGUAGAGGAAGUGAGGAACCGAAUAGAAACCAUCGUUCCUUUUUUCGUUUACCUUCAUUUUUCCCAGGCUUGUAUAUUUGACUUUCAUUCUGAAGUUUGCUUUUGAAGGCAUUGAAGUAGCUUCAAAGGACAAGCAUUUAUUGUUGUCAAUAUGACUUCCCAUUUGUUGUUGCCAUGAGCUUAUGAAACCAUGUAAACGCUGAUAUUAUUUGAGAGAGUUUAGAUAAGAGUUGGUGCGUGUAAUAUUACUCAUGUGUAACACAUAGGACGGCGACAUGUUUACAUAGUUUCUUGAAUUCUGUUUGUAAAUCGAUAC